UUCAUCUCUGCGAUUGAAAUCCCUACGGAGGACAUUUAUCGCGGACCUGGUGCUCACGUAAAGUAGUUCCGGGUAUAAACAGCCUGGUGGCUAACGUUAGCUGAACGCAAUCCUCUCCUGCUGAUUCUUCUACUAAAUUGGGUAAACAAUAAUCCCGGAGCAGGAUGGACGGAGAAGAGAGAACCUACGGUGGCUGUGAAGGGCCAGAUGCCAUGUACGUGAAGCUGAUCUCUUCGGAUGGCCACGAGUUUAUCGUGAAACGGGAACACGCCUUAACAUCCGGGACGAUCAAAGCCAUGUUGAGCGGACCUGGUCAGUUUGCUGAAAACGAAACCAACGAGGUGAACUUCAGGGAGAUCCCGUCUCACGUGCUCUCCAAGGUCUGCAUGUACUUCACCUACAAGGUCCGCUACACCAACAGCUCCACGGAAAUCCCAGAAUUCCCCAUCGCUCCGGAGAUCGCGCUGGAACUGCUCAUGGCUGCAAACUUUUUGGAUUGCUAAAGUUACAGGAAAAAAAAAUGUAGCAGUUUAAAACAGUUUUAGAUUUUUUUGAAUAUUUAAAUUGUUUUUGCCAUUUACUUAUAUGAAACCUGAAUAAAUACCAUGUUAUUAUUUCCUUUUUCUUUUUGCACCUGGCUUUCUGUCAAAGUUUUAUUAGUAUUAAAGGAUUUCAUUUUAAUGUAAUAAAUGGAGAUGGCAGCCUCACUUGCCCCCGAAUGUGAUGAAUGUUUCCCCACUCCAUCGAUGUUCCCUCACCUCUCCAGAUGAAUAAAGACCUGUUUGGUGAGCACACUCUA